GUAUAUAUAUUGAAGGGACAGAGAGUAGAUUGCAAAUGAGCAGUGUGUACAAGACUACAAGAUCUUCUCUACCACUGCUUGUCCUUCCUCUUACUUUUGAAACUAAGAUACAAGCAAUAGUACAGUGAUAAUUUCAAAAUGUCUAGAGCUCUGUUCUUCCUGGCACUGUUCUUACUGCUCUCACCCCAAGCAAGCAGAGCAGAAGUGGGGAGUGAGCUUAGCUCAUUUUCUGCAUUCAACAGCUCCACAAGCUCUUUGGCUGCAAGAAAAAAGUGCAAUUUCUUCAUAGGAUCAUGGGUUAAAGAUGCAUCUUACCCUCUUUAUGAUUCCUCAAAGUGCCCCUUCAUAGAAGAUGAGUUCAAUUGCCAGAAGUACAAAAGGCCUGACACAGAUUAUCUCAGAUACAGAUGGCAGCCCUCUUCCUGUUCUCUCAAAAGCUUCGAUGGGCCAACGUUUUUGAAAAAGUACAGGGGGAAGAAGAUUAUGUUUGUUGGUGACUCACUGAGUUUGAACAUGUGGGAGUCUUUGGGUUGCCUGUUAUUUUCACAGGAGCCGCACGCCAACACCAAAUUGACCUUAAAAAACGGGAUAAGAAACCUUACGUUUUCGGACUACAAUGUGCAAUUGCUGCUGUAUCGAACGCCAUUCCUAGUGGACAUGGUUGAUACGUCCAAUGGGCCGGUUCUUCUACUGGAUUCCAUCCGAAACGGCAGUAGAGUAUGGAGACGAAUGGACAUCCUCAUUUUCAAUUCUUGGCAUUGGUGGACCCAUACUGAUUCCUCCCAGCCAUGGAAGUUGUUGCAAUUGGAUGGAAAAUUGUACAAAGACAUGAACCGAUUGGUUGCAUUCUACCACGGAAUGACAACUUGGGCUAGAUGGAUUAAUCGCCGCAUUAACCCAUCUAAAACUCAGGUCUUCUUCCAAGGAAUGUCCCCAUCCCAUUACGAAGGCAAGGAAUGGGGGGAGCCAUUGAAGUCAUGCAAAGGGGAGACAGAACCAAUCUUUGCGGCUACUGCUCAGCCGUCAGAUCUCACGGCGGAAGCGGUGGCGGUGUUGAAAAAAGUAUUUAGAAGAUUAAAGAAACCAGUUUACCUUCUGGACAUUACUGGUCUCUCCCAAUACAGAAAGGAUGCACAUCCCAUUACUUACAGUGACCACAACACCGUGGAUUGCAGCCAUUGGUGCCUCCCUGGCUUGCCUGAUACUUGGAACCUUCUCUUCUACAAUGCUCUCUUCAAUUAAUUCUAGCUUGCUCCCACCGUUUCAUAUUAGUGUCCCAAAUUUCUCUUUUCAGAUUUUUCCACAAUAUUGUUUUUAGUUCCUUUUUAAAAAUGUUCCACUUAUUUUUCACUCCUCCAUAACUCGGUCACUGUCAUUAUACUUUGUCAAAAAAAAAGUCACCAUCAUUAUUCAUUCAUUACUGUCCAGGCGAGUAUGUACAUACACAUUUAUGAAACGGUGGGAAUAUUAUUUAUGAAGAAAUUGUACUAAAUAGAAUAAGAAUAAUGUGAAAUUUCAAAAUGAAUUGUUUUUCUAGGAUGAGUAGUUUGUCAUACUCAUUUCCCGUAUAACCAAAAUAUGGCGGUAAAUCUCAAAAUGGUAAUAAGAUAUCCCUAUUCAAGGAAGUAGUGUGGUCACUCAUGUUUUGAAAUUUCAUAUUAUUUUUAUUUCUAUUUUGAUCAAUUUCCAUAUUUAUAUCACCGAGAGCCGAUAUGGUAUGUAGAAAUAUGAUUGGGUGGUGAAUUAUGAGAAUGCUACGGUCUACACAUGUAGAGAGUUGCAACAAAUCCCAAAUUGUUUUUAGACAAGACAUGUUGCAUUAUUGAUUCUCGAAGUAAUUACAUUUAUAUAUUCACAUUGCCUAUUGUAAAACUGUUUUGUGCACAGGGUUUUAACUUUGCUAAUGUAGUCCGGAGUACCAGUUAUUUGUCAUACAAUUUGUGUUAUUUGUUUAGCGAAUUUGCUAUUUGUACUUAUAUUGAAAUACAAUCAUGUUCUUUGUAAUUGUACUUGUCACAAUAUUUCCUCCCCAAUUAUAUUUAGAUUUUAUGUAUCAAAAAGGGAUCCGGAUUCUGCAUUGGCAAACAUGCAGUGAAGUA